ACCAGGUCCAGGUUCAUCAUGUCACUGGUAGGGGGUGUGACACAGUUUUGCGUUUUUCUGUAGCCUAUUUUUUGCGUCUUUCUAGGGUGUGACGGAUUUGCCAGGGACACAUUAAGUCUGUUGAUUUAAUUAUCGUUGCAUGUUCUUUUCUUUCAAAGCGUGUUUCAAUAACAAACAAAGCGAUCUAUAUUUCGAAGAAUGCGCGCUCCAAAACCUGUAAAUCCGGCUUUUUCUGCUGAAGUCACAGAGCGCGCGCUGAUGAGUCAGGGGGAUGAAGUCAUAAACGUAUUCUAUUCUAAAUAGCCAUAACUGUUUCUGAAAAUUUUCAGUGUGAGUCUUGAUUUUGUUCGGAAAACAUCGCGAAAAAAGUUUCUAUUUUACGGAUUGCGAGUGAAAUAUCCCCCCACCAUGGGGUGUUGUCUGUCAAAACCUACAAGCGAAGAUGAGGAAUUUUCUUCACCCGAUAUCGUACAGCAAAAACAGUUAAAAAGGAAUAAAAACGUGAACCGGAAAGACGACGGAGUGAAGAAAAGAAAAAAGCGCUUUGGGCUUGGAAGAAAACAGAAGGCUGAUAAUGAGGAUGACGUCGAUGCUGCUCCACCGCCAGGCAUUGGUGUCUCCUGUCCUAGCAGUGCUUUUGUGUGUGGCUCAGAACAUGUACAUUCACUCAGCACUCAAUCACGUGACGUCGAUAGACAGGAAGAUUUCCAAGAACAGGAGCGAGAAAAGAGGGAAAACGGACACAUCAAAGAUGACCUCGCCUCGAGAAACCAUCUUCAAGUUAUUGUCAUGGACGCUAUUGAAAGGGCAUAUGAAGUCAGGCAAAAUGAGCAAAAGGAAAAGGAGCGAGUUAUGAAGGAGAAAAGGAUGGAGUCCAUUUUGAAGAACCAAGCGGAAUUGGUCGUGUCUGGAGCCAUUAGUAAGACAUGUAGCAUUUUGCAAAGUGAGCUUAAAGAGAAAGUGCGAAUUAUCAAGGAAAACAAGAUGGAUCUGAUCACAAAAAAUCAGUCAGAAUUCAUCGUGAAUGAUGCCAUUAAAAAGGCAUAUGACAUCUGGCAUCACGAACAAAAGGAGCAGGAACGAGUUAAGAAUGAGGAGAAGAUGAACCUUAUCCUAAAGAACCGAGCAGAAUUGAUUGUCAAAGAUGCCAUUGAGAAGGCGUUCAAAACAGUGCAACGUCAGCGUAAAGAAUUUGCGCGAAAGCUUGACCUGAAGUGGUUUGAUAUCACUUCAAAGAUGAGAGAUGAUGUAUCUGAUGAUUUGACAGAUAAGAUCGAGAAGGAAAUGAGUCAGAAAUGUGCUGAAGCCGUGAUUUCCUCGACAGAUACGUUUGCUCAGCAGACACAAGCCACCGUUGAAUCAGACCUUUGCGCCUCCUCAGAACUGCUCCUACCUUUCUCAAGUCCUGCCAAAGAAUCUGGCUUCAACCAAAUCAAGGUUAAUGAUUUCGACAUGUCUGCCUUGACAUAUAUUCCAUAUCCAACAGAACCAAAUCUUUGCGUCUCUUCAGAAGUGUUUGUUUCCAUCUCAAGCCUUGCCACAGAUUCUGGCUUCAACCAUAUCAUGGUUCCUGAUGUCGACAUGUCUGCCUUGACGCAAAUCCCUAACUGUGUCCCAGAGCUUCCCUCGUGGAAUGCAAGCCAGUUCGACAUGUCUGGAGUUACGCAUUAUACCGGAAUUCUGCUCAACUCUCCAUCAAUUGUUUCAAAUGGAGGAUUCUUCAUCACCUUUGAAGGCCAUCAAUUCGACACCGAUGCGAUGGACUUCGAAUACCACGAGGACCAUUAUGAAGUCGUGAAUUAUGACUUGGUGAUCAAUAUACCGGGACAAGACUCGGUCCUUGACACCACAAAUUUUAGUGACUUCUUGGAAAAGGUACUGAGCUUCGCUGAGGCAGAAGGACGGGUUAUCAGGAACAACGAAUUUGCAGGCGUGAGCGACUGGAAUUCCUUGCUAGAUGAUAUCAACUCAUCUACUCCUGAAACUCUUUCUGGAGUUUAUCUGGAAAGUAAUUUCUUCCAAAAUGGCCAUGCUCUGGUGGGCUUCCAGAAUACGAUACCAGCGUCACAGGAAUGCGGUUUUAAUGACGAUGGUGAUAUUCACUGGUUUGAGUUCCUGGAAGAUAAGCAGGAGUUCGAGGAGCAUGACCUGGCCAUGAGCAUGCCUGGACAGGAGUCCAUUUUGUGUGAGGAAAACAUGAUGGUUCUCUUUGACAAACUUGCGCUCAUCGAUAAAGAGGUUGUUGUCAGAGGAGAGUAAAGACUUAUUUAUUAUGCAACCUGGACACAAAAUUUCUAUAAAAAAGGACCAUAUCGUCUUCUUCAACCUUUACCUUGGAAGCGUCUGAAAAACUAGAGACGUUAUUCCUUGUGCAAAAUGAAAAAAAGGCGUUUCCCCCUUCCUUUUGGUCAUACCUAUCAUCAAGGCAAUGAGAUAUCCUGAUAAGCGGAAGAUAAUUUCCAGGGUGGCUUGAGGCGAGUCUAUGCGAGUGAGAUCGUGAUGCCGCGAAAAUUGAUUCUCUCUUCGCAUGUCCCGCGCUGGUACACAGUUUACCAAGUCCAAGAAAAUAUAUCUCUGAUGACUCAAGAUUUCCUUAAUUUUUGAAUAAAAAGAGACCCAGUAAAA